GUGGGCACCUGAGGCAGCUAACAGUAUGCAUACCAGAAACGCAGCAUAACUUGCAGCUAUGAGAAGCCUGGAGAAAAUGACCUGUGGGUGGUCCACCCACUAACGGCUCUGCAUUUUGUAUUCUUCCUCAGAAGAUUGCAGUGCUGGCUGCUGCUGGAAACUGGGAUUCUGAAGUGUAAGUGAAGCAGGGAUAUUCUGCAUCGGCCAGCAGGCCUUUUCUGUGCCUUAUCGAAGGCUCUGCUUCCUCAGGCUUCUGCAAGUUGGCCCCUCACCCCUCUCUUCUGAAUGAACACAUUCUCACUGUGGUCUUGCCUUGAUGCCUUCUAAUACAGACGUCCGUGAGUGGGCACAAGUGUAACCUGUUGUUGGAAAGCCAUGGGGAACACCUUCGAUUCCUACUUCAACAAGCACAAGAUUGUGGAGCACUACAACUACACCAAGGAUAGGCUGGAGAAAGAUGAUGACCCUUCACUCUCAAGCGGCUCUGUUGCGAUCAUUGUGCUUUGCUGCUUUAUAAUCCUGGAGAACCUGCUGGUGCUCAUGUCCGUCUGGAGGAACAAGAAGUUCCACUCGGCCAUGUUCAUCUUCAUCGGCAACCUAGCCUUUUCAGACCUACUGGCUGGCUCAGCCUUCAUAGCCAACGUUGUCCUCUCGGGCCCAGCCACUUUCCACCUCACCCCGCUGCUGUGGUUCGUGCGAGAGGGCACAGCCUUUGCUACUUUGGCAGCCUCCGUCUUCAGCCUGCUGGCCAUUGCCAUAGAGCGGCAUGUGGCCAUCACAAAGGUGAAGGUCUACAGUAGCGACAAGAACUGCCGUAUGGUGCUUCUGAUUGGCGCUUGCUGGGUGAUUUCGGCAGCCAUUGGGGGGCUGCCCAUCCUUGGCUGGAACUGCAUACAUGACCUUGACAAGUGCUCCACUGUCCUACCGUUUUACUCCAAACACUACGUUGUCUUUGUGGUCACCAUCUUCACCGCCAUUCUCUUCUCCAUUGUGGUCCUCUACGUCCGGAUCUAUCGCAUCGUCCGCUCCAGCCAUGCUGAGAUGGCUGGCUCCCAGACUAUAGCCUUGCUCAGGACAGUCACUUUUGUCCUGGGGGCCUUCAUCAUCUGCUGGCUCCCUGCCUUCAUCAUCCUCUCAAUAGAUGCUUCAUGUGCCAGGAAGUCUUGCCCCAUCCUUUUCCAGUCGAAAUAUUUCUUUGCCUUUGCUACCCUCAAUUCAGCCAUCAACCCUCUCAUCUACACCCUCCGCAGCAAGGACAUGAGGAAGGAGUUCCUGCGAGUCCUCUGCUGCUGGGGUGUGAUGGGGCAGGGGAAGCCGUCAGAGCGUUGCAUGAUUCCCCUCCGCAGUUCCAGCUCCUUGGAACGCUGCACCCAAAAGCAGGACAAUCCUACUGCGCCUUUCAUGAAGAAGGAACAUUCCACUUUUGUGUGAAAAAACACAAGGAAGGGAACUAUGGGGUGGAUGAUGAAAGAAAGGGGAGUGGGUUGGACCUAAGUGAGCGGUACAAAGGUGAUGUGGUACAUGGGAUGCUAACCUCCUCGUGGCCAAAUCAACCUGCCUUUGACAUAGCUGGAGGUGUCCGUUUGUUCACUAGACCUGCACAGUAUUAGAACGUUCUGUUAGUGUGUGUGUGUGUGUGUGUGUGUGUGUGUGUGAGAGAGAGAGAGAGAGAGAGAGAGAGAGAGAGAGAGAGAGAGAGACUGAAUGACUUGAAGUGAGUGAGCAGCCUGCUCAGAUGCUGACACUUUGCUUUGGUACAGUUCUGCUCCUUUUCUCUAAAAGGUGCCCUGCCUGUUUUGUACGCCCAGAGUUCCUUCUGUCCUGCACCUCAGAGCAUGCUUUCAUGCCUUCCCUCCUUCCCAAAGCAUUCACCCCUUUCCAAGGAAGUAGCAACCAGUCACUCAAAUCUGCUUGGUUCUCUUUGCCUUGGUCCUAAUGUGGCCAUAGAGCAGCCAAGGAGCUUCCUUGAGUGACUGGAAGUGAAAACAGAUGCAAAACAUUUUUGGAACAACAAGGGCACUUUGAUAGUUCUGUUGCUGCCUGCAGUGCAAAUGUGUGUGUGUGUCUCCUGCUCUGGGCUCUGCUCAAACUGGUUUUGCAGGUUUUCUGUGCAUUUCAAGUUGAGCCAGGAAAAGGCCAAUUCUUCCCGUCAUGGAAUCACAGAAUCAUAGAACUGUAGCGUUGAAAGGGACCCCAAAGGUCAUUUAGGCAAAUCCAGAGGUGCAUGUGUGUCUGGCAUGAGUGCAUGUUGUCUAGAGUUUGUUUUUUUCAGUAAAGCCAAUCUAUGUGCUCUCUCCAUCACUGAUGAUCACUUUGGCAACUGUUCUAAAAGGUAUCUGGUUACCGCACCGCCACCCCCCUUGGUGAGAUGAAGGAUGUGCAUGAAUGCAUAUAGAGCUCUUGGGUGGGGGGGAGUCGUAUGAAACUGUCCUGCCCUAUGCUCACACUUAACAUAUAUGUGUGUGUGUGUGUAUACACACACAAACACACACACACACACACACACCCCAAUAUAUAUUAUUUUUAGCAUGGCUUAUUAAACAGUGCAUUCAGUCUC